CUACUGCUGAGAAUAUUUUCAGUUGUUCUGGACAUCAGAUCUUUUCCUCCCGUUCAGCCUUUAGAAGGGAGAGGAACGCCUCCCAACUCUAUUUCUGAACAAACUGUGGAACUUACAGACAUGACGGAGAAGCAUGUUUAUACUGAUGUGAAAUCUCUUGGCAAAAGGAAGAAAAUGCAGUCCAGAACUGCUGACAGGAAAUAUGAGGGUGAAAACAAUGACAAGAAGAUUGACUAUAUGACGCUCUCACUUGUUGCUCCUGAUCGGCAGACAGGUGAGAGACCUGAAAUAUCUCAAAAAGAAGCAACACAGAAUAACAGGUUAAAAAGGCCUCACAGGAAUGCAGGAUUUCAUUCCCAGCCUCAGAUCCAAACAACUCAACAAAUACAAAGAAUUCCUGAACAUGACAGAAAUAAAGUGUUCCAAGCAGCAUCUUCUGGACGUAUUGCAGCAGUAAUACUAGGAAUUAUAUGUGUCAUCCUUUUGGGAAUAUCAGCAUUUUUUGCUACUAAGUAUUUUCAAAAUUCUUUUAAUUAUCAGAACAUGUUGGAUAAUGACCCACAGGAAUAUGAUCAGAACAUGUUGGAUAAUGACACGCAGGAAUAUGAGAAAACCAGGACUCCUAUGAAAAAUAAAUGCUUUUCAAAGGAUUGGUUAAACUCAGAAAAGUACAGGGAAGAAUACAAAAACAAAUGGUCUUGCUGUGAAGAGAAAUGCUACUAUUUUUCUGACAUAGAUAAAACCUUUGAAGAGAGUCAGAAAUUCUGCACCAACCAGGGCUCUCAUCUGUUGAAAAUAGAAGAUGAGGAUGAACAGAACUUUGUUCAGUCUUUGGUGUCUUAUUUUUAUUGGAUUGGAUUAUCUCGAAAAGGAAGUGUCAGCCCCUGGAUGUGGGAAGAUGGUUCUUUGAUACAAUAUAAACUAAAUCUGUUGAAUUCAAAAAUAAACAACAACUGUGCAUAUGUCACAGCAACCAAAGUAGCUGCCACAGUGUGCACCAGGCAGUUUUUCUUUAUUUGUGAGAAGAAUUAUGCUAGUGUUGAUCUCAAACUAUCAGAAGAUAAAUGAAGUAGUCAACAUUCUGGUGCAUCCGUCUGUUACCUGCAAGAUGCAAGUAAAUGUUGUGUUCCUGACACUGGUCUGUUUGUUAAUUGCAUAUGUAAGACAACUUGUAAAUUUGAUGUAGAUACUUUAAAUGUUGGAGAUUCAUCUGCAUGGGGAGGGGGUUGACAAGCACCUUCUUUGACUUGAUUUCAAGUGGAAUUAAUUUUGAUGGAAAGAUGAAGAUUUAAUUCAGAAACUAUUAGUAAUAUUCUUUUCCCCUCUAUUUUGGCUGAAUUUUCCUGCAACAUAUGGUAUCCCUCAUAUAUAUUGUGAAGAAAUAGCCCAUACACUGAGCUAUUUUUUAACUGAUGUUCAGGAAAUCAAGAUGAAACAUGAUAUGACUAUGUACAUCCAUUUUUAUUUUUCUGAGAAGUAUAUUUGUACUUUCAGAGAAGAUGAGUCAUUUCUGCACUUCCACUUUAUCACUUUUAAAAUUCAAGAUUUUCACAAUUAAUGUAAGAAUUCAUAGUUGAAAAAUUAAAAAUAUAUAUAAAAAAAUAGAAGCACAUUGAAUAAAAACUGAUUCCAUAAUCCUUUCUCCUGAUUUUUUGUCUUUCCAGUUACACUGUUAACAUUUGGAUUGUAUCUUUCCAGACAGUUUGGCUAACGUUUUGCUGUAGAUACUGUAGCAUGAAACUUUAUUACAUAUAUGUCUCUGUGAAUGUAUUUGAAUAUUCUAUAAAGUAGAAAUAGAGAAGAAAAACUUCCAUGUCUAAUAGUACGCAUCUUAUAAAUCCUCAAGUAUAGAUACUUUCUGCAAAAGCUGUUAAUUAGUAGCCACAUAUACAAUACAUGUAUAUGUUUCUUCAAACCCUUACUAAUAUAUUACAUUAUCAAUUUUAAUAGGCACAAAUGUUCUUUUAUUGUUUUAACUAAUACUUCCACAUUACCUGUGAGACAGAACACCUGUUCUGUUACUUAUUUGUCAAUUAUUCCAU